GUAGCUGCUCUUGAAUAGUAGAGCGCUGUUCGGAUUAUCGAUGAUCCUGCUCUCACGGGUCAUUUGGAAACUCUGGCUUUAUGGAAGAAAGACUUUGGCGCUCUGAGUAUUUCGUUCCAUAUUUUAUAUACAGAGUUCUCUGAAAAUUUGUUUGAAAGGAUUCCAGCAUCUCUUUUUUGCCGCACAAUCGGAGCACAGUUCAUUACUAUUUGGACUGCUAUAUUGCCUGUAUGCUUAAAGUAUAAGGUAAAAGAAAUGUUGGUUAUGUUUCUCAAUUACCCAUUCAAAAUGAGAUACAUUGUUGAUGGUCAAAAAUACAUACCUUCUUUUUUUCUCUCCACCUUAUUCCAAUAGGUGCGGUCGGCACAGCAAUUUUUUCUCUUCCAUUUUUCUAUCAGCCGUCUCGUCUCUCAUCUCGUCAUUCACACACUCCAUCCAUGUCUUCUUCGGUCGACCACUUCCUUGCACUACCACUUCCAUACAUCUCCUAGUCCCAUGCAUCUUCUUUCAUAUCAUCUUCACAUCAUCUUCAGCGGUGAUGGUCAAAAACACCCGAGGAAAAAAAUACAGUAGUUACAGGUUAUAUUCCGCGGACGAGAUUGUGGUUUUAUUUAAUUAUAUAAGUAUAACGAAGGUAGGACUUGACACUAAUUUAUUUAUGUCAAGGGUUGAACAUUUUUAAAAUGAAAUUCGAGUAAGCAAGUGCUUGAGAUGAUGAUGGUCGUGUACAAAAAUAAACAAGGCUAAUUUAAAAAAAAUGUUUUUUAGAAUUCCAAACCUAGGUUUCAGACCCUGUAACUUACUGUACAGGCCUACUAUGUUUAAAGCGUAAAUUAAUUAAAAUAAAGUAUUUCAAAUUUCUUUCUUUACAAUGGAAAUUUGUUAGUCACUAUUGAAAACAAUACGAAUCCAAAAAAACAAGGUCGGCUGAGCUUGUUUCGUCUGUUCUGAGAACCAUGGUUCUUUGCAACCCGUAGUUAAUUAGAGUUACUAUGAUGAUAUCAAGUAUGUCUGGACGUUGAAUUAAAGAUCUAGUCUACCAAUAACCCUAUUUAAAUACACACUCUAGAGUAAAAUGCAUAUCUAGAUAAUAAUAACCAGAAAGUGAAAGACGAAGUCGCCACUCGCCAGACCGCUUAGUGCCAGGCGACCUCCAGUCUCUAUUGAGAAGCUUAAGCUGCAGUUAUUUAAUGUACAGUAUACAACAGUAUAAAAACAGUACAGUGUAGUAUAAAAACAAUACUAAAGAUAGACCCUUUCCGAAAUGGUUCUAAAAUUAUAUGCCGUUUCUGAUGGCCCUCCAUCGCUCUCUGUGAGGCAAGCCCUUGUCGCGCUUGAAGUACCAUUUGAAUUGAUUAAUGUGGACUUCGGCGCUGGGGAGCAUAUGACAUCAGAUUAUGCCCUGAUGAAUCCACAAAAAGAAAUUCCUGUUCUUGACGAUGAAGGUUUCUAUUUGAGCGAAAGCAAUGCUAUCCUACAAUAUAUAUGUGAUAAGUACCGUCCUGGCUCACCUUUGUACCCACAGGAUCCUAAGUCCAGAGCUAUCGUAAACCACCGUCUCUGUUUUAACUUAUCAAGCUAUUAUGCUAAUAUCUCAGCCUACACAAUGGCACCUAUAUUCUUUGACUACGAACGCACUCCACUGGGUCUCAAAAAAGUUCACAUCUCAUUAGAUGUUCUUGAGACUUACCUAACCAGAACAAACACAUCCUAUGCGGCGGCCAACCACCUGACUAUAGCUGAUUUCCCCUUGAUCAACUCUACUAUGACAUUAGAAGCUAUAGAUUUUGACUUUUCCAAAUACACGAAGAUACACAAAUGGUACAAUGAUUUUAAGGUGAAGUAUCCAGAUUUAUGGAAAAUUUCGGAAAGCGCCAUGAAAGAGAUCCAACAUUUUGCCGCUAACCCUCCAGACUUGACUCACCUCAACCAUCCUAUACACCCUAUCCGAAAAAUCAAAAAUUAAAUUGGAAUAUUUUUCAUAUUUCCUCACGCAACAGAGGAGCUCCAAACAAGAUUUUUACUUAAAUACAUAUUAUUAUAUUAUUUUGUAAUCGAUACAUGAUGUCUAAUAAAAUAAACGACAAGUUUUU